CUCGUGUUAAGAUUCAGUUGUUGUUGUUUUGUCAUGUCGUGUUCUGACAUUUGCUUGCGGCUGAGCCUCUGAUAGUCAAAUUUUACUCAUCACUACUAGUAAACCCACCGACCAAGAACACGAGAAAAAUGGUAACAGCUCUUUCCAUCAAUCCCUUCGUCGCCGGUCCCAAAGCACUCGCCGGUCAAACAAGACUCCGGCCAAGUCGCGGGAAUGAUGCGGCCGGAGUACGUUGCAGCGGAGGGAAUUCGGAGACGAGCAAGGAAUCGGAGCCGGAGAACGCACUGCUGAAGAUGGCAUGGUACGGAUCGGAGCUACUAGGGAUGGCGGCUUCAGCUUUACGGCCGGCGGCGAGGAGAGGAGCGGAGGAACCUCGGCAUCGGUGCGAGAUGGUAGUGGACUGCUCGGGAAGGGUGGUUAGGGUGGCGGUGGUGGACGCGAUUAAGCAGGACUUCAAGAGGUCGUACUUCGUCACAGGUAAAGUAAUGUCUCGGGAUUUGUGUGUGGUCAGGAUCCGACAUGGGAGGAGGAGGGAAGACGAGUAUUUUUGGUUGAUUGAUCCAGGGGACAUGACAACGGGGGUGUACGAGGAGGACUGUGAGUUCGCUGAUCCGGCGGGUUCCUUCAGAGGUGUCCGGCGUUUCAAACGGAACUGCGGCAAUUUCGGUGCGCUUAUCGACAGAUCCAACAUGAAGCUUAUGAAAUGGGAGGAUUUCGACGAGAGAGGAGUCGGGCACUGGCGGUUCAGUUGUGUCAUGUCGUUCCCAUGGAAGCCCAUUCUCUCCGCAACUGGGUACACGGAGUACUACUACGAUGCGGAGUCUGGAAAAAUAAGCAGGCACGUAGAGCACUGGAAUGUUCCCAAGACGGCCCUCUUCAAGCAACUUCUCAGACCCAGCCGUGGCCGGAAGGCCCGCCCUUGACCCACCUUUCCCAAUUCCGUACACUUAGAAAACACAUAAAGAGAAGAGAAGAGGUAACACUCCCCUCCUCCCGUGUGGAUUAUACUGUGAAGAGAGAGCAAGUGAGAAAGGGAGUCAACAAAACGAGAACAUUCCUUCCAUGUAUCAGAACAUUCAUUCUGCUGUGAUGUGGAAAUCUAACUAAAUAAACGCACAGCUUGAAAUUCGCAAA